UUUUUUUUUUUUUGCCUUCCUCCCUCGCGCUCACCGCCCACCUGCUCCUGCAGACGCGCACAGAUCCUUGUCCUGGUUCUGGUUCUGGUUCUGGUCCUGAUCCACCAGCUGCCGCUGCCGCACUGUGCCGCUCGGCGCUCCUCGCCGCGAUGCGUCUAUACCUGCUGGUGGCGCUCUUCUCGUGCUCGUGCGCGCGGGCCGGCUGCGAGCCGAAAAUCGUGAACAUCGGUGCCGUCCUGAGCCAGAAGAGGUACGAGCAGGUCUUCAAAGACGCCGUGACCCAGGCCAACCAGGUCUACGGCCGGGACAAGUUCAAGCUGACCGCCAUCUCUGUCACGCACAAACUCAACGCGAUCCAGAUGGCGCUGUCCGUGUGCGAGGACCUCAUCUCCAGUCAGGUUUACGCCAUCCUGGUGAGUCACCCUCCACAGUCCAACGACCACCUCACGCCUACGCCUGUCUCCUACACCGCAGGCUUCUACCGCAUCCCAGUGGUGGGACUCACCACCCGCAUGUCCAUCUACUCAGACAAGAGCAUCCACCUGUCCUUCCUGAGGACGGUCCCUCCUUACUCCCACCAGGCCCACGUGUGGUUCGACCUGAUGCGCGAGUUCAACUGGAACCACAUCAUCCUGAUCGUGAGCGACGACCACGAGGGCCGCGCCGCUCAGAAACGCCUCGAGACCUUACUGGAGGAGAGGGAGACAAAGAAUAAAAAAAGGAACUAUGAAAACCUCGACCAACUGUCCUAUGACAACAAGCGAGGACCUAAGGCAGAGAAAGUCCUCCAGUUCAGCCAGGACACUAACUUAACUGCUCUGCUGCUGGAGGCCAAAGAGCUGGAGGCCCGGGUCAUCAUUCUGUCCGCCAGUGAGGAAGACGCUGCAGCGGUUUACAAGGCGGCGCGCUUCCUCAACAUGACGGGCUCGGGCUACGUGUGGCUGGUGGGCGAGAGAGAGAUGUCGGGUAAAGCCCUGAGUGAGGCCCCAGACGGUCUGAUCGGCCUCCAGCUCAUCAACGGGAAGAACGAGUCGGCCCAUAUCAAUGACGCGGUGGCCGUGGUGGCUCAGUCCAUCCAGGAACUGUUUGAGAAGGAAAACAUCACAGAACCCCCGAGAGGAUGCGUCGGCAACACCAACAUUUGGAAAACAGGGCCUCUUUUUAAAAGGGUGCUGAUGUCGUCUAAAUACCCAGAAGGCCUCACAGGACGAGUGGAGUUCAACGAUGACGGCGACAGGAAGUACGCCCACUACAGCAUCCUCAACUACCAGAAGAGUCGCCUCAUUCAAGUCGGCAUUUACAACGGAACACAGGUGGUAAUGAACAAUCAGAGGAAGAUCAUCUGGCCCGGAGGAGAGACAGAGAAACCACAGGGUUUCCAGAUGUCCACUCGAUUGAAGAUCGUAACCAUUCACCAGGAGCCCUUUGUGUACGUGAAGCCCACCAUGCCAGACGGCACCUGUAAGGAGGAGAUGACCUUAAACGGAGUCUUGAUUAAAAAAGUCAUCUGUACUGGACCUAAUGAGACCAUCCCAGGUCGACCAACUGUUCCUCAGUGUUGUUAUGGAUUCUGUAUUGAUCUGCUGAUCAAACUUGCGAUGACCAUGAACUUCACCUACGAGGUUCACCUGGUGGCUGAUGGGAAAUUCGGAACGCAGGAGCGGGUAAACAACAGUAACAAGAAGGAGUGGAACGGCAUGAUGGGAGAACUGCUGGGCGGCCUGGCCGACAUGAUCGUGGCGCCGCUGACGAUCAACAACGAACGAGCUCAGUACAUCGAGUUCUCCAAACCCUUCAAAUAUCAAGGCCUCACCAUCCUGGUGAAAAAGGAAAUCCCUCGCAGUACACUGGACUCGUUCAUGCAGCCCUUCCAGAGCACACUGUGGCUGCUGGUGGGUCUGUCGGUGCAUGUGGUGGCGGUGAUGCUUUACCUACUAGACCGGUUCAGCCCGUUUGGAAGAUUUAAAGUAAACAGUGAAGAAGAAGAAGAGGACGCCCUCACCCUAUCAUCUGCUAUGUGGUUCUCCUGGGGAGUGUUGCUGAACUCUGGAAUAGGAGAAGGUGCGCCGCGCAGCUUCUCAGCGAGAAUCCUGGGUAUGGUGUGGGCCGGCUUUGCUAUGAUCAUUGUGGCCUCUUAUACUGCCAACCUGGCUGCCUUCCUGGUGUUGGACCGGCCUGAGGAGCGCAUCACCGGCAUCAAUGACCCAAGGCUCAGAAACCCGUCAGACAAGUUCAUCUACGCCACGGUGAAGCAGAGCUCCGUGGACAUCUACUUCCGGCGGCAGGUGGAGCUUAGCACCAUGUACCGCCACAUGGAGAAGCACAACUAUGAGAGUGCCGCCGAGGCCAUCCAGGCCGUGCGUGACAACAAGCUGCAUGCUUUCAUCUGGGACUCUGCGGUGCUGGAGUUUGAAGCCUCGCAGAAGUGCGACCUGGUGACCACGGGAGAGCUGUUUUUCCGCUCGGGCUUUGGCAUAGGCAUGCGCAAGGACAGCCCCUGGAAACAGAAUGUGUCCCUGGCCAUUCUCAGUUCUCAUGAGAACGGCUUCAUGGAAGACCUAGAUAAAACCUGGGUGAGAUACCAGGAGUGUGACUCGAGGAGCAAUGCCCCAGCCACACUCACCUUUGAAAACAUGGCAGGUGUCUUCAUGCUGGUGGCCGGAGGAAUCGCAGCCGGGAUCUUCCUCAUCUUUAUCGAAAUCGCCUACAAACGCCAUAAAGACGCCCGCAGGAAGCAGAUGCAGCUGGCCUUUGCGGCCGUCAACGUCUGGAGGAAGAACCUGCAGGAGAGUAAGGAAACCUGUGGGAGUCAAGCUGCGGCCGGGACGCCCUCGUUACCCUCUUCCUCUGUAGAGACUCAGGAUGAUAGGAAAAGUGGUAGAGCAGAGCCCGACCCCAAAAAGAAAGCCUCUUUUAGGUCCAUCAGUACCACGUUGGCCUCCAGCAUCAAGAGACGUAGGUCCUCCAAAGACACGCAGUAUCCACCCACUGACAUCACGGGCCAACUCAACCUGUCGGACCCAUCCGUCAGCACAGUGGUGUGACAGCCGGGGAGAGAAGAGACGAUCGCUCCCAGAGGAGAGAGGAAACGAGGAGAGGAAACAAGGAGAGGAAGCAGGAACUUUGCUUUCCUGCUCCCUUCACCGGGAAACCUGGUGCUUUUCUUUUCACCGCCUGCAGGUGGAGCUAUGUGAGGAAAGUGCCUGCUGGAGAAAAGGCUGGGGAAAAAACUGCACCUUUGUUUUCAUUUUUAAAAAGUCAGGAUUAGAUGUUUGUAAAAAUCCUUCAGCAUGCGCCGCAACAAAAAGAACAAAAAAAUCAGACUCUUCUGCAUCUACAAUCAUUUUUCCUUCUGUGUAUAAUUAACGUACUUAUUUAAUCUUACUUUACUCGCAGGAUUUUACUUAAAUGUUUGAUGUUUUACUCUUUUGCUGAACAGCUGUUAAGGGUUUAGGAUAAGAGAGCUUUACGUUUGAGCUUAAGUUUAUAGAUUAAAACUAGUUCUGGUGCAAAUGCUAUUCUCUACAUAUCACUUCUAAUUAGGGCUGUCGCUAAACGACCUGACCUGGCAACCCCAUUUAUUCUGCACACGUGCAAAAUGUGACAACUUCCUGUCGGAAAUGUCUUUUGCAGCAAAGUCUGGGAUUUGAAGUAAAAUAACAUUAUAUUACGUAGUCACUCUUCUAAUAUAAAUACACUUAUUCAUUUUAUCUUUCAUAUUAGUUGUUAUUCUUAAAAGAAUUUAGGCUUCCGCUGGCCAUUCAAACACAAAACUGUCGCCUACCAGAAAGAAUUACAUCCGUGCCAAAAUUAUGUCUAUAUAACUGAAGACAAAGAGUUCAUAACGGGUUUCAAUGUGUACAUUUUUUGUCCUUAAGGUGCAGAGUGUAAAAAAUAGCAAUGUCAUUGUCAAAAUAUCACAAAUAUACAAACCUUUCAUGCAAUACGUAUAUGUAUAUAUAUAUGGACAUAAUAUAUAUAUAUAUAUAUAUAUAUAUUCUUGCAAAGAUUUAGGCGAUCAUUUAUAACAAAACACUGCCACCUACUAAGAAAACUACAUCCGUGCCAAAUGACGGGAAACCGUUAUGUAUAAAAACUUUGGUAGUUAUUCUUUUAAAAUAAAACACAGGUGUAACCUAGCAGCCUUUAUUUUCUUUUCAAACAACACCAUCUUACAUAUUUCAAAAUAAGAGCCACUGAUGUUGGCUUUUUACUGCUGCAUGUUGAAACCGUAUGCCGUAGCACUACGAAAUAGAAAUAUCAUACAGAUAAUAUUUUUAAAUGAUUGAUUUAUAUAUGUUUUAUAUUUAAUUUCAGGAGUGUUUAUGGUAAUAUUUUAGAUAACGCUGCUUAACACAUUACAACUGUCUGUCAUCCUGACUUUCAAAAUAAGAGCUGCUGAUACUGGCCUUAUUUCUACUUCCUGUUUAAUCCUUUUGCCGUAAUGCUAGUAAAUAAAAGUAUCUUUGAGAAAACAUUCAUAGAAAAUAGAAUACAUAUCUUUCAUUCCCGCCGUGUAACCUAGUAACUGGCCAGACUUUAUUUUCUUCAUGCACAAAGUCAACAAAGUCCUUUUGCCCUGGCUUUCAAAAUAAGAGCUAUUUUUUCCUACUUCCUGCUCAAACCUUUAACAAUAAAAAUAUCCUACAGAA